AUGGUGCAUUGGGUUUUCUCUACGUUCGGCAAGCAACCAGUUGCCAGUCCUCGAAAUUCUCGCGUGCUCGUUCCCACGCCAUCAGCUGCCGUCGUGGAGCCGAGCGGAAAUAUCAUUCAAGUUGACAAUCAGCAAGAAACGAUCAUUGCCUCGCCGAAGAGCCGCAGCCCGCAAGAUAUCGAUUUCAAUUCUCAACGUGCCUCAGCAGGAUCUUCUACGUUAAACGCCGGGAGGUCCCGAGCUCAGACAACCGAGAGCACGCAAAGCGUAAGCCAUAAUAUUGGAUCGUUUGGAGAGCCGGCUGCUUUUGGUCCUGCAGGUUUCUAUUCCAGAAAUGCCCUUGAGCAGCCGCAGAGAAGAACAAGUCUUGAAAGUGGUGCUGACAACGAGCCACGGCCAAAUUGGCCACUUCCGGAAAGCAUCUUAACAUGCAAUGCCACUCCUCCUUUGACUUCAGCUGCUAACCCACCUGGUGGGCUAAGAGGAGUUGGACAUAGAAGAUGCCUUAGUAACUCGAGUCGGAGAGAAACCAGUUCGAGUAUAAUGCUGCCCAACCAGGAAUUGUUGCGAUCCAACUCAGAGAGAAUUGGACACAGCCAUGAAAACCUACGGUCAAACUCUAGAGCACAUACCACGCCAUCCUAUUUUCUAGAAAAUUUGACGGAAGUUGCUGGUCCUCCACAGGGAGGAGGAUUAGAUGAAAAUCUCAUCCGACGGCAAUCGUCUGGUCAGACACUCCUUGCUUCUCUCCCUGAGCAGCCAAUUCACACACCGUAUCCGCCGGAAAUUCUUGUUCAGGAACGAACGAGCAGUCGUAGAGCUCCAACCAUCACGUUACAAUCUAGCAAUUUGCGAGAUGUAGACCCGGGAAUGUUAAGACCAAAGAGCAAGGGGAAACUGCGGUCGGAAGCCAAGUCAAGAAGGUUGCAAGAAAUACAAUCGUCACAGCAGACUUCACUUAAGCCGCAAGAUCAAUGCAAUCGGCCUACGGGGUCGAGGAGCGGAGAUACGGAUGCAACGGCGCUACCAAGAUUCCUAUACAAUCAAAGCAAUCUUGAGGAGCAGCUUGAAGCCGCACGAAUCUUUCAGAGCUCUAGCCCUCAGCUCUCAGUUGUGUCCGUAAAGAAUGGUGUAGCUUCACGGCUCGCCACAGAGCUUUACACAUUCUCAUAUCUCAUCUUCUUCUCGAUACUGGGCACUCUCGCCCGGAUCGGUCUUCAAGCUUUGACCUUUUAUCCUGGAGCACCGGUUGUGAUUUCAGCACUCUGGCCAAAUUUCGCCGGUUCCUUCCUGCUUGGUUUCUUUGCAGAGGACAGGCGACUCUUUCGUGAGGAGUGGAGUUCACAUAAGCCGCAAAUACCGUCCUUCGACCCAAAAAGAAGAGAUAUCACGUCAUCGCCAACGUCUGAAAAGUUCUGCUUUCCGAAGCGUAAAGGCCAUCGGGACGAAGAUCACCCUUCGCAGGUGCUGUCGCACGGGAAGGUGAAAAAGACCAUUCCGCUUUAUAUUGGUCUCACGACAGGCUUUUGUGGAUCUUUCACAUCUUUCUCGACGUUCAUGCGCGACACCUUUCUUGCGUUGUCUAAUAAUCUCCCAACACCAAUCAACCACACUUACCCACAAGGUUUUACUCUUCCAGCCGCAACCGACACGGUCCAAAGACAUAGUGGAUACUCUUUCAUGUCCACUUUGGCCGUUUUAUUGUUGACUGUUUGUCUUUCUGUUGGCGGACUACAAUUCGGUGCACAUUUGGCAAUUUUUCUCGACCAAUAUAUACCAACCAUCCGCUUCCACAUCUUACGCCGCUUCAUCGACCCCUUGUUCGUCUUCCUCGCCUGGGGAGCCUGGAUUGGUGCCGUGAUCAUGACUAUUUGGCCUCCUGAUCGAUCAGCAGGCCCAGGCGGCAAAGACAUUCAGGAUGUGGAAACGUGGCGCGGUGAGGCACUGUUCGCUUGCGUUUUCGCGCCUCCUGGGUGUCUGAUGCGAUUUUAUGUCUCCGUCUUUCUAAAUGGUCUCAGCGUCUCUUUCCCCCUUGGCACCUUCGCAGUAAACGUAUUUGGCACGGCUGUCGAGGCCAUGGCAUUCGACCUACAGCACAUUCGGAUCGCCUCACUUGUCGGAGGUGGCCGUUUGCCUUGCCAGGUGCUUCAAGGCAUCAUGGAGGGGUUCUGCGGCUCUCUAACGACUGUGUCUGCCUGGGCCGCCCAACUUAGCGGCCUAAAAAGGCAUCAUGCCUACGUCUAUGGCCUUUCAAGCCUCGUUGGUGGUCUUAGUCUCACAGUUGUAAUCAUGGGAAGCGUACGCUGGACAGUUGGCUGGGGCAAUCCCGUGUGUCUGGCUUAA